AUGGAUAUUGCGAGCACCGACGUUCCACGUUUGUCGUGCCUCAAGUUCCCCGCCGAACGAUACGAACACCUCAAGGCACCGGUCGAUCUGGGCCACAAGAAGCUUUAUUACUUUGCUCUGAACCUCAGGCAGUGCCACUAUGUCCUUCCGCGCCUGUUGGGCUCCAUAGUCGAGGUGAUGCGCUUCCUUGGACCACGAAAUUCGGUCCUUUCUAUUGUCGAGGGCAAUUCGGACGACGGCACGGCCGAGGUUUUGCAGGCGAUACGACAAGAUCUCGAGGCGCUCGAAAUCGUAUAUCACUACCAGCAUAGCGACAUCAACCCCGGCAAUGGCAGCCGCAUCCUUCGGCUGGCCGAGCUUCGAAACUUGGCCAUGAAGCCGCUCGUGGACAGCCGACACAACAAGACUGCCAGAGAGAGUAGUGAUGGGAGUUACGGGUUGAGGUCUGCCGAGAUUGAUAUCGUGGACCAUGCCACCGUCGCUUUCAUCAACGAUGUGUCCAUCUGUCCCGACGACAUACUAGAACUCAUUCAUCAGCGCAACAUUCAGAAAGCAGACAUGACGUGCGGCAUGGACUGGUCCUGGAAUCUUCGAUACCAGCCUUUCUACGACGUCUGGGUUGCUCGCCAGCUCAAUGGAGACAGCUUCUUCGAGAUCAAAGAGAACGGCGAAUGGCACAAACAGUGGAAACUCUUCCACAACGAUCCGUCCAACCAGGCCCGCUACGACGCCAAGGUGCCGGUGCAGGUCUUUUCGUGCUGGAACGGCGGCGCAGUAUUCUCUGCCCAGCCAUUCCUGGACGGCGAGGUCAGGUUCCGCGACAAAAACGAGGGCGAAUGCGCCAUGGGCGAGCCGGACUACCUGAACAAGGACCUAUGGCACAAGGGCCACGGACGUUUUGCCAUUGUGCCUACCGUCAACCUUGGAUACAACGACGAUCAUGGAAGAGGCAUCAAGCAAAAAUACGGCUAUGUGACAGAUAUGGUCAAGAAAGAGGAGACGAGCAAGCUGCCACUUCAGGUUCCUUGGGUGGACACGCCCCCGGAGAAGAUCAAAUGCAUGCCGGGAUGGAAAGACCAGAGCUGGGUACCGUGGAACGAGACGCUUGUAUGA